CUUCAGAGUCAGCCCGGGCUCUCCAGGUUUCUGUGCGUCUGCGGCCGUUCGCACCCUCCUCACGCCCCCUGCGCCGGGCACCGUCAGCUCUGGGGCUCUGGGCUGACCAGGCUUUAGACCAGGACCUCUUAACGGAUUCCUGGAUGAUACUCUGUAUGGGAGUCUUGAAACGUCUCUUGUGCAAAACAGAGUUCCUCCGUCCCCCUCCCUCCUAAACCAGCUGCUCCUCCAGUCUCCCCAGCCUCGGGGGCACCGUUUCUGACAUAACGGGAGACCCGGGCGUCACCUUGGACUCCUCCCUCUUCCCUCCACCUGUAUCCACUCCAGCCACCUCUUACGGGAUCGGACCUCCAAACCACUUGUCCAGCUGGCCUCCGCUUCACUCCCUCUACUGUUGCUGCCCUGGUGAGGUCGCGUGCCCCUCGCCUUGGUGACGGCCUCCACCUUCUCCCUGCUCUCCCCGUGCCCAGGCCCGCUGCCUUCUAGUCGGUCCACUAAUUGGCCGUUAGCGUGCCUCUGCCUGAGAGCUCAUCUGACCACGGGCCGUGUCACUGCUCGGCUUAGAAACCGUUCCACGACCCUGCCUUGUCUUUAGGCGAAAGUCCCAUAGCUGCGCGUUCCCCCUGGAAAAUCGCCCUCCGCAGUGAACACGUUUACUGGCGGAGGCCUGCGCUCCUCAGGUUGGCUGUGGGGCAUAGCUCGGUGCCCUGGACCAAGGACCAGUGCAGCAUCACCUCCGGUGAACAUCUGGAAGGAGGCUAGCCCGUUCUCCUAGCGUUUGGAGCUCAGUCCAGUGACAGGGACAGCUAAAUCCCCAGGGCCUUUGUACUAGGCAGAGAUAGGUUUGGCUUCGUAAAACCAAAACAAAAAGCCAUAAUGGCUUAAGGGAGGGGAACGCUUGUUUCCCUCUUAGAUAAAUAAGUCGGGAGGCAGGCAUUCCACGGCUGGCCUGUCAGCUCCGAGGAGUCGUCAGGGACCCAGAUCCUUAUGGCUCUGGUCUGGCCGUAGGGUAAGCUGGUGUGCUCGCGUCCCAGAGGGCGCUCUGCCCCACGCACAGCGUGGAAACGCGAAGAAAUGCAUCCCUCACCCCUAAGGAGACUUCCUAGAGCCCCGUGUACUUAUGUCUGCAUUUUACUGUCACACCUGCCAGAAUUUGGUCACGUGCCCACACCCAGCCGCAAAGAAAGCUGAAGAAUGUAUUUCUUUAGUUAGAUUCCUUGCUAUGCUAAAUGAAUUCAUUAUUCUGUUGCUGAUGAGGUGGGCAAGAAUAGAUAUCGGGUAAUAACUAAAACUUUUGCCACAGGCUCUUAGCAGUUUAAAAAGUAUAGGCCUUGAGAUCUAAAAAAGCAUUAGGAAACUCCUAUAAAGAGGCCAUUUAUAAACCAAUCUGUAGAAACAAAGAACAUUGCUACAUAUAAAGACAACAACCAGUUAGGAAAUGUAAGGAAAACUCACGAAGAGGGAAGACGUACAACAGAGAUGUGAUGGAUAUAAAAACAAAAACAUCAGGAUACGUUUGGGAAUUUUACAGAAUUGUACUAAAAUUGAUCUGGAGAAGUAGGAGCGUGGACAGGAAGCGUCUGGAAAAGAAGACUGAGACAGAACUUUGUCCAACAUAGUGAAGAGUCCAGUAAAGAAAGCUACAGUAGGUUGAGGCUCUGGUACCAGGGAAGGAGUAGACAGGUCCUGGAACUAUAUGGCAUCUAGACGUUGACCCCUACGUCGACCUCUGGGCUGUGGCACGGCAGCAUCUCGCGUCAGUAGGGAAGAGAACAGUAGGGCUGGACGCAACGCACUGACCGUCUGGAGACGAUUAAGCUGCACACGACUCCGCCCGAUAUCGUGACAUGGGGACUGAGCACACGGAGGUCAUUCCCAAGGAGGAAGUUUGCGAAGAGCCCGAGCCCCCCGGGGCGGCCGACGAGGGCCGGCAGUUCGGAGCGGACGCGCGGGCGCAGCCCCCGGGAGAGUCCGUGGACGCGAGCGUGGCGCCCGGGUCUUCUCGGGGCGGUGGCGUCGCGUCGGGGAUGAUGACCGUCAAGAGGUCCCCGUCCAGCGAGAGGCUGCAGGAGGACCCGCCUCCGCCACCGGGGCCCCCCGCGCCGCAGAGGAGCCCCGUGCGGGAGAAGCCCCACACGUGCAGGGAGUGCGGAAAGGCCUUCAACCAGAACUCGCACCUGACGCAGCACCUGCGCGUGCACAGCGGCGAGAAGCCCUUCCAGUGCGGCGAGUGCGGGAAGCCGUUCGGGACCAACUCCAGCCUCCGGCGGCACCUGCGCAUCCACGCGGGCGAGAAGCCGUUCGCGUGCACCGAGUGCGGCAAGGCGUUCAUCCAGAGCUCGCACCUGGUGCACCACCACCGCAUCCACACCGGGGAGCGGCCCUACCGCUGCGGCGAGUGCGGCAAGGCGUUCAGCCAGAACUCGGCCCUGCUGCUGCACCAGCGCAUCCACACCGGCGAGAAGCCGUACGCGUGCAACGAGUGCGGCAAGGCGUUCCGCGUGAGCUCGCAGCUCAUCCAGCACCAGCGCAUCCACACGGAGGAGCGCUACCACGAGUGCGGCGAGUGCGGCAAGGCCUUCAAGCACAGCUCGGGCCUCAUCCGCCACCAGAAGAUCCACACCGGCGAGAAGCCCUACCUGUGCGGCGAGUGCGGCAAGGGCUUCGGCCAGAGCUCCGAGCUCAUCCGGCACCAGCGCAUCCACACGGGCGACAAGCCGUACGAGUGCAGCGAGUGCGGGAAGACCUUCGGCCAGAACUCGGAGAUCAUCCGGCACGUGAGGAUCCACACGGGCGAGAAGCCGUACGUGUGCGGCGAGUGCGGGAAGGCCUUCCGCGGCAACUCGGAGCUGCUGCGCCACGAGCGCAUCCACACGGGCGAGAAGCCGUUCGAGUGCCCCGAGUGCGGGAAGGCCUUCCGGCGGACCUCGCACCUCACGGUGCACCGGCGCAUCCACCGCGGCGACAAGCCGCACCAGUGCGCCGAGUGCGCGCGCACCUUCUGGGACGGCUCGGAGCUGCUGCUCCACCGGAAGGUGCACACGGGCGAGAAGCCGUACGAGUGCGACCGCUGCGGGAAGCCGUUCGGCCAGCUGUCGCAGCUGGCGCUCCACCAGCGGACGCACACGGGCGAGAGGCCGUACGAGUGCCAGCAGUGCUCCCGGACCUUCAGCAGGAGCUCGCACCUGCUGCGGCACCAGAGCGUGCACUGCGCGCAGUGAGCCCGCGCCGCCCGGCGCGCCCCCGCCGCCCCUGCCGCGGAGCCGGCUGGAGAGGAGGGCGCGCUGCUGCGGCCUGUGCGCGGGGCCGCUGCGGAGCGCCGGCCUGGACCGCCAGAGCCGUUUCGGCC